ACUCAUACAUCAAGUGCCCAUCCAUGUAUGCUUCAGACAAUGUCCCCUGCUCUCGAUACCCUUCCACCCGAGAUUCUUUUCCACAUCCUUUCCUUCACCGACCCCUUCCUGACCUCUUCACUUCCCAACCAUCCCCUCUACUCGGUCGCUGCCACUUCCAACCAUCUGUCCGACAUUGUCGAGGAAUACUCUCGCGGACUGCUCAAGCGCCAUGCCAACAUAGCGCCCUCCAAAACCCCCAAAGCUGCUACCUUGCCCUGCAGAAGGCGAUGGGUACGAUGGAUCAAGGAGACGUGUCAGAUUUGUCGUAGAGCGAGCAAGAGGAAAGCCAUUCUGGAGGCUGGUCAGACCUGCUGCGCAAAAUGCGACCGAGAGAAAUAUCCAAAAAUGACGCAAACUGACGCCAUCAACACUCACGGCCUGUCAAAAUUGGACAUCUUCACUCCAAACGCUUUGCACCCCAAUCUACCGCCUCUCUCUCUCGGAACCUACAUGUGUAUGGGUGGUAGCACAUUGAUGCUUGCCACCAACUCUGUGCUUAGCCGCAAGGCACAUAUUCAUGGACUGCUCGGGGUGGAGAAGGCGUCGGACACCCAGUUCCUGCGGCGGAGAGUGGCUGCUCACGAUCGUUUGAUCAAGCACAUGGGCAUCGUCUUCCAAGUAAGGGCUGGCACGGGCAUAUGGGUCAAGAGACGUCAACCAGGCCGGGAUGAUCGACGUCAUGGCGGGUCAGAGGUCAAGGCUAAGACUCCCUUGAGCAUGGCUUCGGCGCAGACGAGGGAUACCUACGUGAAUAUCAAUCUGGAAAAGGAAUGGGCUGCCAUGGGCAUGAGCGUUCGUGAAGCUGAUCCAUCAUAUUCAUGUCAGCCCUCUGCACCACUUCGAACUUGA